AUGGCUUUGACUGCGUUGAAGGCCGUAGCCACCAGAGGCGCCUCGGAGGCUGCCUCCUCUGGUGUUGUUUAUACAAAACCUGACAUUAUUGUACUUGUAGAGACUUGGUUAAAACCUUCAAUUGAUAACAAUAUUUUCUCACUUGAUGAUUACUUCAUCAUACGUAGAGAUCGAAUCUUAAAACACACAGAUACCAAUCGUUACAUUCAAGGAGGUGGUAUAGCAUGUCUUAUACAUAGAUCUUUAAAAGCCAAAGUACUUCACAUCUCAACUUCUGAUCAUCUAAAUCAGCCGGAAUUUAUGAUUGUUGACGUAACCUUAACCUCAGGGUCUCAUCUUUUAUUAUCAUGCGUCUAUCGAAGACCUAAAGGACUUUUUCUCAAUGAAUUUUUUGACAUAUUCUCUAAACUUUAUCCAAAUUUUAACAAUAUUAUCAUAGCUGGUGAUUUAAACUGCAACUUGUUAGAUGAUAGCUAUACUGCAAAUCACUUAAAAAAUUUUAUAACAGAGUCGUCACUGUACUGUGUACCCUAUGGUGCUACCUUUCAUAAAAACAAAUGUGACUCAUGGCUAGAUGUCAUUUUGCUUGAUGAUGAAACUAAAUUAGGCUUGUUUACCAAAUCUCAGUGUCCAUUUAUUGAUGUCGCUGACUGGGCAAGAGACCAUGGAUUGGAAAUCAACUUCACUAAAACAAAAGCUACGAUUUUGUGCUCUAAUAGUAAGUUGAAAAAACUUGAGGACUUGGAUCUGCUACCAAUAGUCGUAAAUGGUGUCAUUAUACCCUACGUCAACUAUACCAAGUGCUUGGGUAUUCAGCUAAGUAGAAAUCUGUCAUGGAACUACCACGUCACUCAGAUAGUUAGUAAAGUGAACUCAGCUCUGCAUUGUCUCAACGUUAGGAAAAAUAUCUUUUCAACUCCUAUAAGGAAAUUGCUAGUAUUAGCAACCAUCCUACCAUUCGUUGACUAUUGUUCCGUUGUAUUGGUCGACUCAACUUCUGAUAACAAUUUAAAACUACAACGUGCGAUUAACUGCUCUAUCAGAUUUAUGUUUAAUCUCAAAAAAGAUGAGCACAUUACACCUUUCAGACGUGAGCUGAGUUGUCUGUGA